UAAACACAUGCGCACAAAUGUUAACAUCCGGGGCUGACAAAAAUAUGGCUGCUCGUACAUCGUAAUAGAAGAACAAGUCGGUAGAAGAAUAAUGCCGUAAUUUGUCCUUUUUUCUGGAAGAAUUUUAAGUAAGGAGCAUUCAGUAUAGAUAUUAUGUAAACAUAGAGUAAGAAAAUGCUGAAUGGUGGGGAGGAAAAUACCGGAACUGCUCUCCCUGAAUCAAAACUUUGCGAAGCCCAGCAGUUGCUGAGUCUGAGCUCCACGUUAGAUCAGGUUGAAGUGAACUUGAAUUCAAUUCAAGAGGAUUUGUCGAAAACGCAAGACAUGUCUAACUUAUCGGGCAGUGAAGAAGCAGAGGCUUCAGAGAUUUCAUCCUUCAUCCUGGACGAGAAAUUAGAAAAUUUUGACGGGGAGCCAAUACUGGAUACCGCCUCCAAGCUCCUACAACUUGACCCAAGCGGAACACCCGAUCUGCGAACAGUCGAUCCAGAAACAUUAGAAGCACUUCUCGAAGCAGCAGGUAUCGACAAGCUUACGACUGCUGAUGGAAAAGCAUUCACAGACCCUGAGAUUUUACGCAAGUUAACAUCGUCAGUCAGUUCGGCGUUGGAUGAGGCUGCAGCCGCCCUCCCGAGUCCCGCUUGCCCAGGAAAACUGACCAGGUUAGUUUUACCUAGCAGGAAAGUCCAAUGCGAACAGCGCGAGUCGGGUAAACUUCCCAAGUCAUCCCAGUGA